CAUUUUUGUGGUUCUCUUACUCAGAUUGCUCACCAGUCACCGUCAGUACAUUUAUUUCUUUAAUUAACCUUGUUCUUAGUAGCAGCUCCUUUUUACGACCAUUAAUAGCAUGCACCUUCCACCCUUUCUUUUCUCUUUAUAUUGCUUGAGAUCGCCUCUUUCUUCGCCGCAAGCAAAGUGCUCUUAAAUACCGUAUUUGGUGUAGUGUUCCCAUAUCUAGUUCGUCAUGGAGUCUAGUUUUCCAAAUAUAUCUUCUACUUUGCUAGGUGAACUCCCUAAAGAAACAUGGUGGGCUUCUGAUCUUUACAACUGGGAAGGAUUCUGGUUUGCAAGUUCUCACCUUUCUCCUGUCAUGGCCGCAAGAUCAAACUUCCAAGCAAGCAACGAUGAUGUGUUUCUGACUUCUUCCAUAAAGACAGGCACCACAUGGCUCAAGGCUAUCAUCCCAACCAUGAACCCCAAGGGUCGUAAGAAUGAUGAUACUGAUGAUCCUUUGCUCAAACAUCAUCCUAAUGAUCUCAUGCCAUCGCUGGAACUGCAGCUUUUCAAGGACAAUCCAAACCCUGAUCUCACAGCUAUGCCUUCUCCAAGACUAUUUCGAAGCCUUGUCCCUUACCCUUUAUUACCAGAAUCUGUUAAGAACUCCGCUUGCAAGAUUGUGUAUAUUACUCGAGACCCAAAGGACGUGUUUGUUUCAAUGUGGCACUUUAUGAACUCUUGGACUUGUACUAUCGGGCAAGGUCCAUGGAAAAUGAAUGAAGCUUUUGAGAGCUUUUGCAGAGGGGUUCAUGCUUUUGGGCCAUUCCAUGAUCAUGUGUUAAGCUAUUGGAAAGAGAGUUUAAGGAGGCCCGAGAAGAUACUUUUCUUGAGAUAUGAAGACCUGAAGAAGGAUCCAAAGGUGCAACUGAAGAAGCUGGCUUCUUUCCUUGGAAGGCCUUUUGCUAAGGAGGAAGAGGUAGAGAAGGUCUUGUGGAGAUGCAGCCUGGAAAGGCUUAAAACCCUAGAGGUUAACCAAAAUGGAGUCGACCCUUGGCUAGGCAUUCCCUAUAAGCUUUAUUUCAGGCGUGGCAUUGUUGGGGAUUGGGAAAACAACAUCACUGAAGAGAUGAAAGAAAGAUUAGAUCAAGUCACACGCAUGAAGUUUGAGGGUUCCGGUCUGGAUUUUAAACAUUGAGAUUAUGGUUGAACUUAUCUACCAAAAUUUGAAUUCUGUUUUAGUUUCUCAAACUCUAAGAUGUCGUAUUUUCUAUAUGCACUUGUCCAAAUAAUGUAGUGGCCUUCUCUAUAAGAUGCUCUGGAAGUUUACCUGCAGUAAACUUCCCAAGGCUACUAGUCUUGUGAGAAAGUUAAUUUUCCCCUUGAAUAAGCAUUUAUCUUCUCAAUAACCUUUGGUCGAGCUAUUUUAGUUCA